AUGGAGAAGCAAACUCCCGUCACCGGCACGGAGAAGCAUGACCUCGUCUCAUCGGCCAGUUCAGGAGACUACAAUGUCGCGGCCGAGCCCGUCGUCAUCGAGGGUACUCAAGGUCCCAAGCUGGAAAAGCCAUUCAGCAUCUGGAGCACUGUGGGCAUCCAAUACAGUUGCAUGUCGACGCCUUACGCCGUCGGGGCAUUUCUCUCCCUCAGCGUGGGCGUUGGCGGCAGUCCUGUUUUCUUCUUCGCCUACCUGCUGGUUGUCAUCAUGAACAUGUUUGUCGCCUGUUCUCUCGCAGAGAUUGCUGCAGUCUAUCCCCAUGCUUCAGGUCAAAUUUACUGGGCGGGAGUCCUAGCACCGCCGAAACACAGGCGUGGGCUCAGUUACAUUACCGGAUGGCUCACCAGUUCCGGGUGGUUCUUUUGGACGUGCGGCACUCUCCUGAUCUCGUCUCAGCUGCUCUGGGCUUUGAUUCAAGUUUGCUAUCGGUCCUUCGAGAUUCAUCCAUGGCAUUACUACAUGGGCUACCUCGCCAUCGGCGUCAUCGGCGUCAUCGUGAACAUUCCUCUGUUCAACAUCUAUCCAUACCUGCUGAAGUUCCUGGUGGUAUACAUCAACGCUGGGGCCUUAUUCAUCAUCAUCGCCCUCCUUGUCCGAGCAAAUCCCAAGCAGUCAGCAAGCUACGUGUUCGCCGAUUUUGUCAACCUCACCGGAUGGUCUUCCAACGGAGUCGUCUUUUUCCUGGGUAUGCUCCCAGGUGCCUCAUCUGUCAACGGAUUCGAUGGGGCCGCACACAUGGCGGAUGAAAUGCCAAAUCCGAAGAAACAAAUCCCACAAGUCAUGGUUGGAAGCACCUUUGCAGCUGGGUUGAGCGGAAUCCCAAUGAUCUUGGUCUUGAUGUUCUGCGUCGUCAAGCCGGAAAACCUUCUUGCACCCAUUGGGGGCCAGCCGAUUGUCCAACUGAUGCUGGACGGGUUUGACUCAAUGGCCUUGACCAUCAUCGGGUGCCUCCUGUUCUUCACGGUCACACUGGCGGCUGCAGCGGCACAAGUCACCACCUUCAGCAGAGUGUGGUGGUCGUUUGCGAGAGCCAACGGGGUUCCAUUCUCGCCUUUCAUGGGUCGAGUCAGUGAGAGAUGGCGCCUCCCGGUCAACUCAAUUCUCUUCACUUUAGUCGCAGGCGCGUUAAUCGGCCUAAUCGAACUCGGAUCAGCCAUCGCACUGAACGCCAUCCUGGGCACCGCGAUCCUUUGCAUAUUUGCCUCCUACUCGAUCCCGAUUACCUGUCUUCUGUUGGAACGAAGACGAUCCUUCCCCGCACGACGAUACUUCAACAUGGGAAAAAUCGCGGGGCCGAUCGUUAACAUCAUCUCGGUCUUUUGGACGGCCUUCAUGUUUGUUUGGUUGUGCUUCCCGCUGUACCUUCCCGUUACCUCCGCAUCGAUGAAUUACGCGGUUGCUGUGUUUGCUGGUGUAUGCUUGGUCAGUACGGUCAACUGGUUUUGCUAUUCCAAGAAAGCGUAUCUAUCUCCCGUCAGCACAGAUGAGCACAUUGAUGGGCUGGAGCCGUCGGAUCACGCCUAA